GGACGUUUGUGAAUGAACUUGGAUUCUACAUGCUAAUAAAUAGAACACAGUAAUGUUUGGCGACAGACUGCACGUGUAUCCUAUUGUUAUAGCAAUCUUUGUACCAUUGACAUUCACAAUAACAUACAUUUUAGCAGUAACCAGUGGUCAUGUGGAACCAGCCUUUCCGUACAUAAGCGAUACAGGUACAAAACCACCUGAGAGUUGUGUGUUCGGUCAGCUGCUAAAUAUUGGUGCCGUCCUAGCUUUCAUUAUAUUCUAUAUACGAUAUCGACAAAUAAGAACGCAUUAUGAAGGAGCAGGAAGAACAAAACUAUUAAAAUACAACACGGUGACUUUUGUAAUGGGUAUUACAGCUGCACUUGGUAUAAGCCUGGUAGGAAACUUUCAGGAAACGAAUGUCAUAGUAAUACAUCUUAUAGGAGCCCUUCUAGCGUUUGUUGUAGGGAGCAUAUAUUGCUGGAUACAGACAGGAAUGUCGUUUAAAAUGCCAGAUCUUCCAGGAAAUUCUGUCAUAGUUUGUCGAAUACGCACAGUUAUUAGUGUGUUGACAUUCAUAUUUAUAAUUAUGUUAUUUAUAUUUCCAACGCUUUCAAACCAGCAAGCGCCAAGCUGGGUUAAUGUUACAGAUAACACUUAUUGGAAACCCGGGAAACCGGGAUAUGGUUUAAGACUAGUGGGGACAAUAUCAGAAUGGCUCCUAGCCUUAUCUACUGUGUUCUUUUUACUGACUUUUGUGAAGGAAUUCAAAUUCUUCAGAAUGUACACACCAGAGUGUAUGCAUAAAGACAAAAAGAUAACAAACAAUUAUAAUAUUGAACAAUCUGGUAGUGGACUGCCAUGAUCUCAAUCGAACACAAUUUUUAUAUGUUUAUAUUUUUGCCAAUAAAAUUGCUUUAUAUUUUG